CAUACAGCACCAAAAUUCUUUCGUAUUCUUCCACUGGCUCAAAACUCAAAUAAACAAAUUCCUUUUCUGUAUCCUCUAUUGCUAAUUAUUUCCAAUUAAACGCAAUGCAUAAUUUUCGUAAAACUUUAUUUAAUACAGUUCCCAAAAGCCGAAGGAAAUUAUGUGGGAAGCCGGAACAGAUAAUAAGAUGCAUGUCUGUCAUUGAUCAUCCUUCUGACGAAAAAUUAGUGUCUAAAUUUCAAAUACCCAAAGGAAUAAUGGGUCAGCCUACAUUUCACACGCACCCUCAUCUGAUUGAGCCAGAUUUCUUAACUUGCGGCAUCACACAGAUGGAAUACAGAGAAAGGCGGGAAACAUUGGUUCAGAAAUUAGCCGCUGAAGUUCACAAUGAGCAUCAGUCUCAUAUAAUAGUAAUACCAGCAGCAAACAAGCAAUACAUGUCGGACAAAAUUCCAUAUGUGUUCCGACAGAAUUCAGACUUCUUUUAUCUAACGGGCUGCUUGGAGGCUUCUGCAAUUCUAGUCAUGGUUAAACCGGCACAAACUGACCACUUUAAGUCAAUCCUCUUUGUGCACGAAAAGGACGAGCACGCCGAGCUGUGGGAGGGCCCGCGGACCGGCUGCCACGCGGCCACGCGCCUCUUCGCGGUCGACGAGGCGCGCCCCGUCGGCAACUUCCCUAGCUACAUAGCCAAAGUAGCCUCCACCCGCCCCUCCAUCCUCUGGAGCCCCCGCGACGCCAACCGCGAGGUCAACGACCUGGUGGCCCCCGUGUGGCAGGCCGGGGCCGCGUCCGGGGACCCGCAGAAGGCCCUGCACGUGAUGAGGUCGAUCAAGAGCCCCGCAGAGAAGGAGCUCAUGAAGGAGACCUGCUAUAUUGGGAGUCAGGCCGUUAACAUGGCCAUGGCGGUCACUAAACCUGGCGUAUCCGAACACUACUUGACCGCGGUACUAGACUACAGCGCCCGCGCCUCAGGGGCGGAGCACCCCGCGUUCCCUCCCGUGGUCGCCGGCGGCGCCCGAGCCACGCACAUACACUACGUCACAAACAACCAGCUGCUGAACGCCGAGGAGAUGGUGCUGGUGGACUCAGGCAGCCAACGCUGGUUAUACAACUCGGAUAUCUCCCGAACGUGGCCGGUGUCGGGGAAAUUCACCAAGCACCAGAGAAUACUGUACGAGCUCAUUCUUAAUGUACAAAAGCGGUUAAUACAAAUAUUAGGUGAGCACCGACCAGCUUUGGACCAGCUAUUUGACUCGAUGUGCAGGUUACUAGGCAAAAAUCUGCAGCAGGAGGGCAUUCUACCUAGGAACAUAGACGGGAACGACCUUGUAGGCAAAGCUUACCGCCUGUGUCCGCACCACGUGUCCCACUACCUGGGGCUGGACGUGCACGACACGCCGCUGGUGCGACGACACAUGCCCGUCAGGACGGACAUGGUGGUCACCGUGGAGCCUGGUAUAUACAUCCGUCCGGACGACACCUCAGUGCCUCCGGAAUUCCGGGGCAUCGGCAUCCGGAUUGAGGACGACGUGCUUAUAACGGACGGAGAGCCGCUGGUGCUAACCGCGUCAUGCGUUAAAGAGCCGGAAGACGUGGAGGCCGUCGUAGGGAAACAUAGUCUGUGACUGAAUUAUAUGGAGUAGGGUGUCCUUAUUUUACGAUUUUUUUCUAUAAUUAUUUUUUAUUUAGAACUUUUUUUCUGGUUUGAACUGCCAUCAGUCUUUAUUACGCGAAACUGCGUGGAGCCACUACCACAAUCUGAGGGUCUAUCGCGAAACAGUAAAUUCGAAAUUUCGUUAUCUAACAUCUCUGUCACUUGCAUAUUCGAGAGAUAAGGAGGGAGACAGCGAAAUUUCAGAUUCGCGUUUCCCGGUAGAUCCUCUGUAAACAAACCGCCUUGAUGCAUCAAUGUCAUAUUUUAUUAUCUCUGAUAACUUGUCAAAAACCUGUUAAGUAUAAGUUACUCUAUGGUUUACUAAAAAACCGGCCAAGUGCGAGUCGGACUCACACACGAAGGGUUCCGUACCAUUAACUAUAAAAACGGUCACCCAUCCAAGUACUGACCCCGCCCGACGUUGCUUAACUUCGGUCAAAAAUCACGUUUGUUGUAUGGGAGCCCCACUUAAAUCUCUAUUUUAUUCUGUUUUUAGUAUUUGUUGUUAUAGCGGCAAGCGAAAUACAUCAUCUGUGAAAAUUUCAGCUGUCUAGCUAUCACAGAUCACGAGAUACAGUGAUACAGCCUGGUGACAGACGGACAGCGGAGUCUUAGUAAUAGGGUCCCGUCUUUACCCUUUGGGUACGGAACCCUAAAAAGGCUAGUGCUGCACUCUGGUGGUUAAUUCAAUGCACUCUAAUAGGGGAUAUUACUGCAAUGUUCUGUGCAGUAAUAUCCCCUGAGUGCAUUGAAGUAAUUGGGAUUUGACAUGUGGAACGUUUAUUGACUCAAAUCAUAAUUUGAAGUGAAAUGUAAUGGCAUUAUUCAUAAACGCGCUACAAGUCACAAUUAGAUAUUAAUUGUUUGUCUUAUAUUCGAAGUUGAAGUUGUGGCGCUGUCUUGUGUCGGAGGCCAAGUCUCAUUUUGGGUCGCUGAGCCAACGGAGUAAGUAAGCAAGUCAGUGUUUGUCUUAUUCUGUCAUUUUGUCUUAUGUGUUUGUAAGAUUGGGAUAAAACAUGAAAUAACUAAUUGAGUCUUGUAAAUGUUUAUGAAUAAGGGUAUGAAGUUCCUCUGAAAACGUCCUCUGGUAUUAAACAUUAAAUUAAACUUUAUUUGUAUAGAAAAACAAAUGUAUUAGGUAUAUUUAAGUAGCCAGAAAAUUGUGUAAAUAAAUUGGAAUAUACACAUUUAAAAACCGUUUUUUUAGGGUUCCGUACCUCAAAAGGAAAAAACGAAACCCUUAUAGGAUCACUCGUGCGUCUGUCCGCCUAUUUUCUCAGAAGCUACUGGACCAAGUUGAAAUUUGGUGCACAUAUGUAAGUUUGUGACCCAAAGACGGACACGCAACGUAAACAAAUGAAUUUUAAAGAUGGUGGCCACUUUGGGGGGGUAAAUGAGAAAAUUAAAUAAUAAAGUUUUUCAAACUAUGUCGUGUUGGAUAUCACUGCGAGCGCUGGUAGCCUAGCGGUAAGAGCGUACGACUUUCAAUCCGAAGGUCGCGGGUUCAAACACCGGCUCGUACCAAUGUGUUUUUCGGAACUUGUGUACGAAAUAUAAUUUGAUAUUUACCAUUCGCUUUUCGGUGAAGGAAAACAUCGUGAGGAAACCGGACUAAUCCCAAAAAAGGCCUAGUUUACCCUCUGGGUUGGAAGGUCAGAUGGCAGUGGCUUUCGUGCAAACUAGUGCCCACGCCAAUUCUUGGGAUUAGUUGUCAAGCGGACCCCACAGGCUCUCAUGAGCUGUG